AUGACGGUAGUUAAUCUUGGCCAAUGGCUUUCAACAGUGGUUCAGGAAAUAAUGAUUUCAGAUGGUGAUGGUGAAGAAGUCGCUACCUCGCGAUUAGCUAUCAAUCCAAAUAUAACGACAAAUUCAACUCUUAGGACCACCUGCAAGUCACAAGUUGCUGACUUCGUUCAUUUUCUCAUUCCUUGUGGGGUUGAGUACAGCUUGAUUGCCUGCGCUAUAUUCUUCAAGAUGUUCCGACAGGUUGGACAUGUUCCCGAAAUCAAAACAAUGAAACGUCAAGGCUUGCCAAAUUUGGAGCUAAGACCUGGAAUCGAAUGUCUGUCAAGGGAAGAUCCAACCGAAUGUAAACACGCACACAAGGGGUUGUUUGCGGGACUCUUCCUUGUCAUGUCAACCAUAGUUGCGCUCGCAUUUCUCUACACAUACCUGCACCAUAAAAAUUACUUCGAAGCAAUAGUCAUUUCCCAAGUGACCGAUAUCAGCCUCCUCUCCAUUGGUAUUCUAACCGUCAGUGUUGCAUUGUACCAGAUGCGAGUACUAUGCCUCAGUCAGUUAUCAGAGGAAAGAGCUUUUGAUAAUAACUUACUACUCAUUGGCUUGCUGGGGAUCCUUUUCUACAAUAUGUUUCUUCUUGUUCCCGCACUUGGCGCAACCGGAGGACUCCAUGUGUUGGGAAGCAUUUUCGUCUCCAAAGCGAUUCUUGAGAUUUUCCAGGCUUUAAUGCAGGUAGGAUUCAAAGGAUACUUGAAUAAGUUAUUUACUUUAAUGGCUCAGAAUUAA